UCAGCAUUAGCAUCAGAAUCAUCAUAGAGCAGUGCCCUGAUCAACGUCCAUACAUCGCACCAGUGGCAAAAGCACGUGUGUGUGCGUGGGUGUGUGAGAGAGUGUUUGUGUGCGUGUGUGCGAGUGGCAGGGCGUGCCACAGCUGAGAGCGAGCACCGAGCAGCCAGCCAGUUCCCGGGGUUUUGUAUAGGACUCGAGGCCCACUUGCACAGAACAGGCUCGCCACGUCUCCGUCUCUGCUCAUCACCAGGCCCUAGCCAGCGCAGCAGGCAGGCAGGCUAUACUAUAGCCCCUGCUGACUGCUGGACAAUUCCCCCGACCUACGCGGGCAGAAUGUCUCCCAUCGAUGGGCGCGAGUCGCCGCGCGACAGGCGCACCAUCAGCCCGUCCUUCUCUCGACGCAGCAUCAACACCAGCAGUAGCAGCGGCAGCAACCGCCAUGACGACCACCAGGGCAGCGCUGCAAGUUCGCGGCACAUGGACACUUGGUCGCGUUCUCAUGCCGAGCGCGGCAUAGAAGACACUAGGUAUGAACAGCGCAUCGCACCUUCCUACGAACACGUCAACGAGCGCAGAACAGACCCAAGUCGACAACGCGACGAGCACAACAGACAGAGCCGAAGAAUGUCGUCUGAGUCUGAGACGGCCGAGGCAGCUGCUAUGGACGCUCGCAGCCCGACUAGGCCGAGCAUGUCCAUCUCCAGCAUCCUCAACGACGAUGACGGUCCCGCGCAACGCCGCGAAAAGGCGCGGCCUUCUCCGCUCUCACCGCAUAGCGUUACCGCUCCGAUUGCAGCGCCUGUGCUGCGGACACCUUCGACGUCCACCCCACUUCCUCCGCCCGUGACGACCGGCACGCAGCUCCCGGCGCCGAUCGGUUACGGCAGCAGCGCGUCGCCAUCUGCGCCUGCUUCCAGCAACGGGCUCUGGCCGCCGCCAGUGCGCUCCGUUGAGUUUGAUCGCCUGACGCCGGCGCAGCAGGCGGCCAUCGUGCAUGCGUCGGGUCGUCGCAAGACGAAUGCGUACAAUACCGACGCCGACUACGACCCGGCUUACGAGGCGGACCAGGACGUGCUGUUCGGCGGCUGCGAACGUGCGCUCGCGCGCAUCAAGGCCAACCCCGAGCUCUUCGAUCCCAGGCGCGACGAGGCCAUCCGCAAGGCCAUGGCUAUCCGCGACGGCUCGCAGCACCAGCCGCAGAGCAACGGCCAUGGCCAUCACGUGCCGAUCGAAGUCGAUGAAGGUGGGUCAGUGCACGGCGGGCGAACAUCAGCGCAGCCGGCCAAGCAACCGCAUGCAGCUCCACACGAUGACGGAGACAACGCCCCUUUGGCGGAGAGUGAGGAGGCGCCGCUCGUCAAGUCGGGCAAGAAGCGCAAGGCACCUGCCGCUGGUUCCAGCAGCACGGCGCAGGCCAACGGCAACAGCAAGAACACGAGCCCGCGCCGUGCUCGCAACUCGGCUGGACGCAACUCAAGCGACGAAGAGUGGCAGCCGAUGCGCAACAGCAAGGGCAAGCGCACCAGCAAGGGUGGCGCAGCUGCAGCUGCAGGAGCCAAAGACACCGGUAGCGGCAGCAAGCCCAUCUCCGCCGGAGCUACAGCAGCUGCUGCCGAGUCGCAAACAGCGGUAGGUUCUUCUAAAGACAAGGACGAGCAGCCAGCGAAGCGCAAAAAGUUACGCAUCGUUAAGAAUAAGGAUGACUCGGACCUCGAGACGGACGAGAAUGUGCCACUGUGGGCGCCUGCGUUGGAGCGCUACCGCGAGGAGGCGUACAAGCGUCGCGAGGCGCUCGAUCUCGCGUACGGCCUCAUGGAGGACGAGCAGGACGAGCGCGUCGCCAAGACGAUCGCACGCGGCUACAUGUUGCGCUACGACGCCAUCUUGCACGAGGAGGCCAAGGCGGAGGCGGAGCGCGCGCGCCUGCGCGAGGUGCAGC